AUGUCAUCUCCAUAUUUCUACGCCCCGAUGCCUGGCGACACAGCGACCAACUACUUAUUGUUAUCCAACGCGGAGACAGACAAAAGGAUCUACCCGCACUUCGUCCUCGAGAACGUUGCGUAUCGUCAGCAGGCAACCGGCAGUGCUUCAUACAACGGUCAUGGCCUUGCCAAGUCUAUGGACAGCUUCGAGCCUGAGGUACGACAGAGAUCUGUACACGAGGAUCUCUCAUCCAAUGGCAUUGCUCCUGUGGAGGCGGCGUGCGGAUCACACUCUGUACAGACACCCCACAAUAUGCCAACGAUAGAGAUGUUUUCGUGGCCCGCCCACUCUCAGUCUUAUGUAAAGACAAGCCCCACCAUCAAUGAGGGGGCUUGUACCACCUUGGGUCCUGAUCCUUUCGCCCACAUCGACCUAUCCAUCCUGGAGAUGAUAGCCUCGGGCUCUGGGAUAAACGAUUGCGAUGAGGAACCCUCGCGCUUCACAUCUACGGGGCAGGAAGUCUGCAACACUCAACACAUCAACAGCAUCAGCGAGGACGCCACAGAAUCGGAGGGACACGUUGGGGUAUCUCUCCUUGCCGAAUCCACGGCCCCUGCUUACCGACUCGCGCAGCCACGCGCACCUGCGAGAGGAAGGAAGGCAAGGAAAACACCACGGCGGCCCCGAGCACCUGCCGUUAAGGCAACGCGGCCCCAAGCGACGUCGAAGGGGACGCUCCGAUGCGAAAUGUGCGAUCGCGACAAAGACACAGGGUCGGAAGACUACGCACACCAAGCGUCCUUGAACCGGCACAUACGGACAUCACAUCUCGACCGGUCACGAUGGCAGUGCACCUUGUGUGACAAGUCAAUGGUCAGGAGCGACGCACUGGGCCGGCAUCUCAAAAGGCAGCACCACAUGCCCGAGGCGGACGCGAAAGCGGUCGUCGCACAUGCCAUCGUCAUUCCUUGGAUUGCUACUGUCUCUUCGACAUACAACAUGGGUCCCGGCAGCGGGAUCCGUAAUAGAGCGCGCGGCAAGGGCAAGUCGGUUGCUCCGCUGGUCAUUCAACUCCGUCGCCAGGCAGCCCAUGGGGAAUUGAGAAUCGAGAGGCCGCGGGCUCAGAGGAAGGAGGCCGAGGAUGAGCCACUGUAUCCGUUCCUCGCACUGCGCGGGGCUGCGAAAGCGGCGGCUGCGGCCAGUGAGGCAGACGCUCUCCCUCCGCGGACACCUGCAGGGACACGGAGGUUGGAGGUCGAGGUCGUCCGGACACUGUCGACUAUGAAUGGGCGGCACAAGGCACUGCGGAGGAAGACGCGACACGAGAUUGGAAGGCAAGAGGAGCACCAGUACGAUGAACAGGCGUGGCGGAGGUGCGCCUGGGAUGAGCAAGAGUCAGAGCAGACGGAUGAACGCGAGGGAACGGGAUCGGUGGUACCUGUGCAAGGAUGCAGUGUCAAGGUCAAGCACUCUGCGUCUGGAGCUAGUCGCAGUCGGCGAGGAUGGCGGAAGCUGCUCGGGCUGGUGGAGGGCGAUAUGAAGCGAGUGCCAAAGAGCUCUGUGACCAAGUUGAAGGGUGUUCGCGUGAAGCCCAAGUCUGCAUCCAAGGCCAUGCGGUCCGUCACAGCAGCAGAAGUCGAGCACCAGUCGAUGGUUCCUCAGCACAACGAAGAGCGUGUCCCGGUGGACGUCGCCCCGGCCUUCCCUGCCGACGAGAUUGAGCACCCCGUCGCACCGGUCGGUACAUCACUUGAGCACUCCACCGCUGCUUCUGUGGUCGAGGUCGAACCUGUGCAAGCAGCGAUGGCCGUAGAAGGGGAGCCGCACGAACGGGGCCUGCGAUUGGAGGAUUUUGCCUUUGACUUUGGCUCGUGUCCAGGGAUGCCAGCUGAACUCGUCGCAGCUCUGAACAUGCCUUCGCACGUCUUCACGGUGACAGAGGCGCAAGAGGUGCCUGCAACGGAAGGCCAGAUUACAGAGGCUACAGUCAUGGCCGUCGAUGCGGAGAUACUCUCACCAGAGCCGACUCGCGACACGUACGACACUUUCGUUGUGGAUAUGGAUACUAUCCACGCCGAGGCCUCGUCCAGCGCAGAGGAGGCGAUGGAGGACGUGUACACCACUGACGACGUGCUGGUCGAGAUGGCGUCUCCCGUUGUAUGUUCUACAGACCCAGCUCCUGUUGACGAGGACAGCGAUAUGCUGCAUGCAGAGGAAGAGGCUGUGGAGAUGGAGAUGGACGGCUUUGAGAGCGUGGCAGCUCCGCAGGCACUGCUUGCUCAGAUCGAGAUGUCUACUCAGAUUGCGGCCAACCCAUCUACCAAUGCAGGGCCAGCUGGAGGCCCGGUCGCGUUGAUCUCCGCAGCGAUUGAUAUGGCGCAGCCUGAAGAAGACAUCGAGAUGGGGCACCAGGAGCAGCCUGUGAUGGUGGAGGAAAACAUCAAGAUGGGUGUCCAGCUGGUGUCUGUGGACGCGGUCUUCGGUGCGGUCGCAGCAGCACUGAUCGCAGCAGAAGAUGGAGGCGGCAACAUCGAGCAAGACAUCGAUGCAGUGCUAGACCACUUUGGGUUUGUGCAGGAGUGCACUGUCGCUCACCUCGACCAGGAGGACGCAUCUGUGGGGGACAUCACACUCGUUGGUGGCGCACUUGACGAAGACCACAACGCGACGUCUGAUCAGGAUUGGGACACGACGUUCGUGGAGGACGCUAUUGCAUCUUCGUCGCCGAAGACGGAGAAGCAGAGUAGGCUUCCUGCAAUGCCACUCCCGGAGGUCGUGGUGUCUGGGUCGGAUCUCGGCGAGCAGGUUGUCGUCGCUGGACUGGAGCACGUCUCCAUCCCGCCCACCUCGUCCGCGCCUGUUAUCAGCCUGCAGACCCUUUUGGAUGUCAUUGCUCCCCACCCCGAGCUGCCCGACCGUCUCCUCGAGGGCCCAGUUCAGACCGCUGGGCCGACGUUCGACAUGCAAUCGCUAUACUCGACACUCCCUACGAACACCACUGAAGACGCAGAGAAGACGACGAACGCAGGUUCAUUCUCUAGAGCGACGAGAAGCGGCAAGGUGUAUGGCGGCGGCAUCAGCAAGGCCAAGAAGACUGUCGCCCAGCCGGCGCGCAAGUGCACGUCUAGUUUGUCGAGUGGGCUACUGGAUAACGACGCGUUCAGGGCGGUGCGCAACAAGAGUGCGGCAGAGCAGAAGGCGCGGAAGGACACACGCAAGCGAUACAAGAAGAUAUCGCGGAAGCUUGCACGACAGGACGCGGAGAGCGCGGAACCCAAGGGAGGCUGUGGACGAUUCCGGCUAUCAGCUGUGAAUCCAAAGACCGGACGGCGCGAGAAGAUGACGCCGAUCACCACGAUCAAGGAGAGCACCGACGACGACCUCGACGUUGACGUGCUAUGUCGCAUGUCGUCGAGUCUGUCGUUGACGACGUCGCCCCAUGGGCGCACCGGUACUCAAGAGGCGACGGAUUGUGCGGACGACCUGCUGGGUGCGUUUGCAUCGUUUGGGCUCUCGACGGACGCUCCCGUGGCAUCGUCGACAGGCGGCUCGGCGCUAGACGAUCUGUGCGACCUCUUCAAUGCGCUGGUCUGA